AUGGCUUCCUGUCAUGGAGCAUCUAUUCCGGACAUUACAGCCAUUGGCCCAAAUCAGGAGUCAAUAGCCACCUGGAGGAAGAGGUGCGGUAUCCAGCCGGAGAAGCAGAUUCGCCUGGAUUUACUAACGGCUCUAACAGAUUUCGGCAUGUACAUUUCCAAACAAACGAAUGACGAGGUCUGGUAUCGGGGUUAUGGGGUUGACCAGUACGUUUACUACGCCAAAAAAGGAGAUAAAAAGUUCCUGGGAGGAACAUACGAGGUAGAAUCGUAUGCAGACUUGGAAAGAGCCUCUCAACUUCCAAAUGGGUCCGCCAUUCACGAAUUGAUUUAUGCACCUGGCGGAGGUUAUAUGGUCACCAUUAUUGAUCCUGAAGGGUUCCCUGUGAAUCUGAUGUACGGCCAACAGCCUGCAAAGCCAGGGGAGUAUCCGGAAAACUUGAUCUUCAACACCGAGACAGAAAAGCCACGCAUUCGCAAAUUCCAACGAUUCGUUGAGGGCCCUGCACCUGUUCACAAGCUGGGUCAUUACGGUCUAUGUGUCAAAGACUUCUCUGCAAUGGUCGCCUUCUACACUACAACAUUUAAUUUGGUCCCUACUGAUUUCCUCCAUGUUGGGGAGGGAAAUGACAAAACCAAUGUCGCAGUCUUUGCGCACAUUGAUCGGGGAACUGAUUAUGUGGAUCAUCACACCUUUUUCAUGAGCACCAACAGCACUUCCCACGUCCAUCACUGUUCCUUUGAAGUACAUGACUUCGACACUCAAAAGCUGGGACAUCAGUGGCUAGCAAAGAGGGGGUAUACGCCUGUCUGGGGAGUAGGAAGGCAUAUAUUAGGCUCGCAGAUCUUCGACUACUGGUGGGAUACAACAGGGAACAUGAUUGAACACUAUGCCGAUGGUGAUAUUGUCAACGAGAAAACACCAAUCGGGUACGGACAAGCAGGGGAUUCCUCCCUAGCAAUCUGGGGGCCAGAUGUCCCCGCAUGGUUCCUCAAGUAA